GCAGAUUAAGGGCGCCAUCUCAGCCAAAAGAUCGUUAACUGUUGUCUGGUCUUGAAAGAACGUCAGCAAAUUUUGUUGUUUGAAUCAUGGCAGCCACACAAGUAUUUGACUCCAAGACAUUUUGUAUAAUCACAGGAGGAAGUAGAGGUAUAGGCCGUGCCAUGGCAGUAACAUUUUCUGCGAAAUUUGGCCCAGGAUCAACAGUAGUCCUCACGGGACGUUCCACAGCUGAUCUCAGCGAGACCCAGCGUCAAGUCCAGGCCGUUGCGCCCGGCGUGAACGUCAGUGUAGUCACCGCUGAUCUCGCAAAUGCAGGUACCCUGUCCGAAUCUCUUUCCAGUCUCACUGGAACGACAAACCCGUCAGAUUUUCAACAUGUAUUGCUCAUCAAUAACGCAGCAAGUAUGAACGACAUGUCUAGGUACAUGAAACAGAUGACCGCCUCUGAUGUGGAUUAUGUGCAGCAGUAUUUCAUGCUUAAUUUGACGUCGAUGCUGAUGUUGACCUCACAUUUCUUGCGGACCUUCCCAAAGAGAGAGGGGCUGAGAAGAACUGUUGUCAACAUCACUUCUCUUGGUGCCAUUAAGCCUAUGAAGACAUGUGGUUUGUACAGCACGGGGAAGGCUGCCAGAGAAAUGAUGGUGAGGACCUAUGUCAUCGAGGAACCCGAUGUGCGCUUCCUGAACUACUCCCCGGGACCAGUCGAUACAGACAUGUACAGAGAAAUCAUCAACAAGAGCAUUGAUCAAGAGUUCCGAGAGAUGAUGACGGAUCUGGAGGCCAAAAACGUGCUCCUCAAACCUCAUCAAACUGCAGCCAAGUUGGCUGUCAUCCUGGAGGGAGACGAUUUCGAAUCUGGGGCGCAUGUUGAUUACUUCGAUGUCCCGGAGAAGGAGGAGAAUACUUCAUCUUGAAUUAUAAUCAUGUAAUUUUUAAGGUGAUUACAACUUUUUUUCCAUAUUAAAUGUCUGUUUUUAUCGACAAUAACUAUUAUUCAUAAAUGUGAUGUCCCUAAAGCAAUGUAUCAGAUACUAUUAGUGUUUCUCUCGUAAUCAUGUUCCACUCACCAUAAAAAUCAUGUUCCCUGAUACUUAAAACAUAUUAGCACUGGUAAGUAAUACCAACUAGUGUUAUAAGCUACUGAAAAUAAUGUUAUUUGAUUGGCUUUAUAGAAUUAUAGUAGUAUUUGUUAUUGAUAACAAGCUUUAUGAAAUAAUGAUAUUCUGCGAUUGUACCUGUUCUCGUACUGUGCACAUUACCAUUGAACUUCUCUGACCCUCUUCCAAAGAAUUUUGGAUUUUGCCCAUCUUAUCAUAGCUUUAUACAACGCACAGAUAUUUCAAGGAAAGGAGGUAGUCUGCUAUGCCAACCCUUCACUCGAGUUAAAGGGACUGAAUGUGCAGUCUACAUUGACAUGUGCGAGGAAGGCUCUCUCACUCAAAUUGAAACAGCAAGUUUUGUGCUAGUCUUGUGUGAAGACUCACUUGUUGAUCAAAGUUUUAAAACAGGGUCUGUGCCUGCAUACUAGAUAACAAUACUUUCUGUCAGUCUUUAGUUUAUCCCAGCUGUGUAUUCAAUGUACAUGUACUCAUAUCAUAUGUUUAUAUCUGUGUUGGCGAUUUUUCAAUGUAUUUAGUUCCAAGCAACAAGUAUUCAUUAUUUCAAAUGUUUGGCUUGCAUAACCUAUGUCAGAAUAAUACAAAUAAUAAUAAUUAAGUAAAUUAACAUUUUUCUGUCUGUGAUGUUGAAUUCAAAAUAGAUUUACCUUUAUUUCAUAGAUUUUCUCUUGAAAUUGUUGCUCACUUGGUUGGUCAACUACAAUUUGGACUUUAAAGGAUUAGGACAACUUGACAAGUAUUGAUUAACUAGAUUAUAGGGUAAUUGGGUAUAGCUGCUUAAAAGUACAGUAGUUUCAUAUUGUCUAAAUUCCUUGAAACUUCUGUGUGUGAUGUCACUUGACAUUCCACUUGUGAAACUUGGGCCCCUUGACACAAGUGUUAUUGAUUAAUCGCGUAUUUGAACGAAAAGUUCUGAUUAGUCCCUGGUCAUUCUACUGAGCAAAAUGUGUGUGCAAUGAUGAUCUUGAUAGGCCAAUUCAUUUAGUGAUUAAUCGCUAACCUUUGUGUUACAGGGCCCUGGUGGGUGUUUCAUAAAACUGUUCAUGAGUUAAGAGCGACUGGUGAUCCUUUCGUAUGUGCUAAAUAAUCACCAAUGAACAUUUAAUGGUGAAUUAUAUACCAUUUACCACAAGAAAGGAUCACCAGUCAUUCUUAAAGUCGCUCUUACAGCUUUAUGAAACGGCCCAGGUGACAUUUUCAAAAUUGUAUCACUUGAAUGAACAAAAGGGAAUACCUAUUUCAUCCAGGGUGAUUAAAGUAAACUGAAAUUGUUCAUAUAAUGUAACUUAUUUUCCACAAGAUAUCAAAUACAUGUUUUAUCAUCAUAAUUGAAUUGUAAGGUUGUUUUCACUUAUAAGUGUAUGUUUGUUUGUCUGUAUUAAUGACCACCAUAAUUGUGGCCCUCUGUAAGCUUAGCUCACGUAAUUUAUCUUUGUCUUUGACGAAAUAUUCAAUGGUAAAUCUAUUAUGUAUGGUGCCUGGUUUGACCCUUCGUACUUUUAAUUUAGACUUUUUGUGCACAGGAUGUGUAAAUUUGAAGACAAUCAAACGUCCAUUUGCUUUUCAAGUGUUCAUCUGAAUUUAAACAGUAGUGUGUGUUAUUUAAAGUCAUUAAAGACCAAGUACACCCCAACAACAAGUUAAUUUGAUGAAAAAUAAGAAAAAUAAAUUAAAUGCAUAAUGCAGAAAUUGUCUUCAAAAUUUGAUGUCUCUUCCUAUGAACAUAGAACAUUGUUAAUUACUUUAGAGUGUGAUACUGUAAUAAUCAAAGCUUAUGAAGUUACGAUUAUAAUCAAGAGCUCCUUUAUCAUUGGUGUUGAAAUCUUUGAUAUGGUUUAUGCAGUGUUAAAAUAGGUUUUUUCUGCAUUUUUUAUAUAAUUCUGUGUGUGUGAAAUUAAGUGAAACUUCGAAAUAUCACAAUUUGUAACUUUGUAUUAUUUUUAAUGAAAACUUCCAGCGGUGUGCUCGUUUACUCUUUCUCUGCCUAGGACUUGAACCUAAUAUUGACAUAAUAUGUGAACAGACACAGACAAGUGACACAACAAAAAAGGUUGAACUGGAGUAUCUUCAAAUAGAAAAUCAGAAGUUAAAAUGACGUUCCUUCUAAUGUGUCUCUUGUCACCCGAUACAUAAACUGUAUUAAGUGGAUGUGAAUCUAUAUUUUGUCACUGAAACACAAGUAUGAGAAUGACUGUUUAUUUCAGUCUUUUGUGCGAACCAGUAAUGAGAAGGACCACUUAUUUCAGCUUUUUUUUGCGGAACCAAUUAUUGAUUCCAAUAAUUGCUGGUUGUUGUGCAUGGUAAAGAUUAUUGAAAUACGAUAAAUGAUUGUAAAUCACUCUUUGAUUUUUACUAGAUUAUUAGAUUGAAAUAAUGCAGAAUGAAUGGUUUAUUUUCAUUUGGUCUAAUGCCAAUUCAUCCGAUUCCCAACUCGUCUUCUAUCAUUUGGUCUACCAUCAGUUCAUCCAAUAUCCACAUGGUCUAAUUGCAAUUUCGUCCACUCACCAUUUCGUCUAAUAACCAGUUAGUCCAAUAGCCAUUUACAUGUAGUCCAUAUACCAUUUGGUCUAAUUAGACUAAGUGUAAAUUGUGCAAAAUGAAUGAAAAUAAAAUGAGUAUCAUACCAACUGGUUAUGAGACAAAAUGUUCAUAGACCAACCAGUGAUUAGAUGAAAUGAUGAUUGGACCAAAUGGUUGUUAGAUGAAAUGUUGACGGACGGAAUGGCAUUAGACUAAAUGAAGGUAGACAUGUGGUGAGUGGAUGAAUUGGCAGUUUACCAAAUGAACAACAGCGGCCUACUUUGUAAAAAUUCAGUAAUUAGUCAAGUGACAGGGAAUGUCUUUGUGGAAUGGGAAGGUGAAUAUUCUUCUCAAAGUCUUAAGAUAUUCAACAUCAUCAUGAAUCUAGCAAUUUCUUGCAACGAUGGAGAAAAUGAAAUUGAAAAUGGGGGCCACAAAGUCCACAAUUAUAAACUAGCUCUACCUUACAGAUCCGAUUCAAAUUUGGCAAACGAUUUGUUUUCACAUGCAUAAAGGACAUAUUUGGUUUUUUAUGUUUGUCAAAUAUUUUUAAUUUCCUUAUUUUCUUCUAUUCAAUGUUUGUGUUCUGUAUUUUUACAAAACUACUUGGGAAAGAUUUUCUGUUAAAAUUAUCAGGUUGUGUAAUUCAAAUGAUAAUCAGGUAUGUAACUUUUGUCACAGAAAAUAGUAUUCCACUUUUGAUACCAAAAUUUCCAAUGAAUAUUUAAUGAAUUAUUUUUAAAGUAAAAUAAUAAAUGUCUUACAUAUCAAUAUAAAAACAAA